AUGGCUGAUCGCAGUCUGGCGGUGAAGGCGGUGGCGGCUACUUUUGUAUCAAUCGCUUUCGUCGUGGUGUGUCUUCGGGUAUAUUGCCGAUCGAGAGUGGUCAAAAGCUUUGGAUGGGAUGAUGGUCUUAUGGUGGUGGCAAUGCUCUUCUAUAUUAUGUAUUCAGGAAGCAUGAUUGGUGGAAGCCUUUAUGGCACUGGGAGGCUAUUUGAUGAUAUAACCAAGAAGGACGCCCUCAUGGCAAUGAGAUACUGGUGGCUUUGCGAGAUUGGUUACUGUUUUUCUUCCGUCUUCUGCAAAGCCUCGGUCUGCGUCUUCUUGCUCCGGAUUACCGUUCGCCGCGUCCACAAUUGGAUCCUCUACUUCGUCAUGUUCUUCACCGUGGCAACAGGUCUACUGUUUAUGUUCCUGAUGCUUUUGCAAUGCAAACCGCUCUCUUUCUUCUGGACCAGAGCUGGCCCCGAUCCUCCAGAACAUGGAUCAUGUAUAAACAUGGACACAAUUAUUGCAAUGACCUAUGUAUACAGUGUUUUCGCCGCGAUUUGCGAUUUGACAGCUGGUAUUCUUCCCAUCUUUUUGGUCUGGAACCUGAACAUGAAUUACAGCAUGAAGUUUGCUGUGGUUGGCAUUCUCAGCAUGGCUUGCAUUGCAAGCGCUGCAGUGAUCGCUCGGUUUCCGUUCGUGCGAACAUUUGCCGAUCCGGAAUUUUUGUAUUCUACAGUUGAAAUAGCUGUCCUCUCAAACGUUGAAAACGGACUUGGGAUAACAGCUGCGAGCCUCGCAACACUUCGUCCGCUCCUACGCCAUAUAAAGGGAGGGCUUUCAUCGGCUGGCUACUUAAGUGGAGAGACCACGGUACCCUCAUCGCGUCGAAAUGAUCAGCGGUUUCAGUCUCUUGAGCUCAUAGAUCGAGGAAAUAAUUUGCCAUAUCAAGUCACGGUCACCACCAAGACGGCAAGUGGCACUUCACCUUUCCGUCAUUUGGAUGAGCGGACUGGAAGUGAAGAGUAUCUUACAGCAUAA